AUGGAAGUUGAUCAGAUGGUAGAUAGUCAACAAAAAUUAUUUAGUGAGCACAAAAAAGAUCCAAGUAUUGAGUUGGUUCAAAAGAACUUGGAGAUUGGCAAUAAAUCAGAGACUGCUCAAUUAAAUAAAAAUAAUGCAUCGAAUAUUCGAAGUUUACCUAAGGAAGAGGAAUGGCAGGAAAUUAAAAGUAAAAGGAAUAAAAAAGGAAAAAACCAAAAUAAAAAAAUAAUUUUCGAGGAAAAAAUAGAGGAGUUCAUAGAAAGUUCGAAAGAUUCCGUUGUAACAAAUUAUUCUACUUUAGUAGCUGACAAUGAAAUAAAUAAGGUUAUUAAUCCAGUACUUGAAAAAACAAAAUCAGCGUCAGAGGAUGAAAAAGUUUGGAUAUUUUUUAAUAAUAUUAUAAAGUUUAACUCAUUUUAUCCUUAAUUUUCUGAGAUAAAAAAUAUAAUUUGCGAUUUAGAAACUCAAGUAACUAUUUCAUGCUUUUCCUGUAUGGCUAGGCAAAAUUUGUCUUAAUUUUAGUAUUUCUUUUACAGGCAGUAGUUUAUUUAUCUCUAAGCCAAGAUAAUAUUUAUCAAUCCUUUCGGAAAAUAGAAAUUAAACUAAAAUGUUAAUUUGACAUGCUAGCACUAACUAACACGCAAUUUAAUGCGUGGUUUUAUAGCGUGGUCUUGCGUAAACGUGAAUGAGUGAUCCAUAAAAUACUAUAUAUUACCAAUAUUUAAUAAUUUUAAUCUGAAUUUUUAAUUAAUAGGAAAAAGCGACAAUACCAAAAUUAAUUAAGAACAAAACUAAUCAAAAAAGUAAAAAUAAAGGAAAUCAAAAGCCUAAAGUAAAAGACACCGAUCUAGAAUUUCUAAAUAAAGAGAUUAAACAGAAAAAUAAACAGAUAAAUAUAGAAAACGAAAAAAAGAAGAAAGCGGAUAAGGAAGCUAAAGAACUUUUGAAGAUGGAAGCAAGAAUAAAGGAAGAAAAUGAACAAAAACAAAAGAAGGAGCAAAUGAGAAAAUUGAAAGAACUUAAAAAGGAAUCUGAAAAUUAUAACGAAGCUUAUUCUGAAGAAACUCAACUAGAAGAAUUUAAUUCAGAAUAUUUUAAUAAACAAACAGAUAAAGAAAUUUUCUAUGAAUAUAUAGAGAUGAUUUUGUGGGAAAUAAAGGAAUUUUAUGGCGAGCCUUUACUAGAAAAUUAUGUUGAUAUAGAUAAAAGUAUAAUAGAAUUUCUUGAUAAUGGUUACAAAUAUAAAUAUUUUGAUGGACAUGGAGAACAAUUUAAAUUAACCAUUAAAUGGCGCUUUGAUAAGAAUAA